AAUACCUCGACCUUGGAUCGUUUGCUCUCGUAGUCGCAUUCAAUACUGCCAUGUUUCCGCCCUUUCGAUAACCCACAAGCGCGUGAUACCGCGACCUACCAACAAAACACCCACCACCAUGGACGAUCUAUUGGGCGAAGACUGGCAGAAGCCAUCUAAACAAACAUCUGCGUCUACGUACAACACAUAUACGUCGCCGACACUGAAUCCGACCUCCGCUGCCACAAGCUUCGCCCCAUUCCGGACCAGCCCACUGCCGGCGACGAACGUAUCCGGAUCAUCCACACCACAGCCCAUCAGUCGCCCGUCCAGCACUCUGAAUGGCUCCACGAAGCCCGCCGACCAGUUUGGGAACCUACUGUCCUUGAAGUCUCAGAAAGCCGCGGCGGCCAACAAUGUGUCCAUUCAAGAGCGGCAACGACAACUCGUGGAGGAGAAGAGGCGUCAGCAGGAGCAACAGGCGCAAAUGUGGGAUACCUUGGGAAGCAGCAGCGGCAGAGGGACGCCACAACUGAGGACUGCUUCGCCUGCUGUGCCGCAGCAUUCCGAUGAGACGGAGGAUGAUAUACUUGCUGCGUUUAACAAGGCUGCUCCGGUGGACAAGGCAAGCCAUUUCCCACCUCCUUCAUCCCAGCCUGUCAGUGGGAGGGGCACGCCUGCUGCUCAAGGAACUGCGACGCUGAAAGGGACGUAUACGAACGAUUUUGACGACGACGAUGAUCCGUUCGGUUUGGGAUCUAUGCCGAACCAGAGCAACGGACACGUUCCUUCAACCGACGACGACGAUAUACUUGGAGAUCUGGCUAAGCCAGUCACGGAAAGGCCGCCCAGACGAGCGCCGUCGCCGGAAGUGAGAGAGCCGAGUCCACCUGUUGUCUCAUCAGACUUACCGCAAAGUCGGGCUGUCGCAGAGUUGGUAGAGAUGGGCUUUCCAGCAGACAAUGCACAAAUAGCACUCGCCGAGUCUGGUGGUAAUGUACAAAGGGCAGUAGGAUGGUUGCUACAACAAGCUCAUGAAGAGUCAAGGCAAAAGGCCAAGGGCGAAGCGCCGCGCAGAACUCGAAGUCCGCAACAAUCUGCCCGCGACCAAGAGCCGAUUCCCUCAUGGGCGCGACAAGAACCACGAAACGGAUCUGUGCCGAAGCGAAGCGAUGCCAAAUCCCCAUCGAAUGGGGAGAAGGAUCCUGCGCAGGUUGCACAGGAUUUGGGAAGUAAGUUGUUCAAAGGAGCCAACUCGCUCUGGAAAGCGAGCCAGAAGCAGAUGGCAAAGACGGUAGCAGAGUUUCAGCAGGAUCGUGACUCCAGCCAGCCAAAGUGGAUGCAGGAUACGAGUGCAGACACGAGCAGCCCCGCGCCGGCCUCCAAACCUUUGCCCGCUGCCUCUGCCAAACCCAGCCCAAGAUCGUCUCAACCUACAUCAGUGCCAGUGCGACCAAAAGCUCCUUCCAGGGUCAUCCCCAGCGUAUCAGCGUCAGCAUUAGCUUCCUCAUCAACACAUCGCAAGGCCGGCGGAGAAGCCUUCAAGCGUGGAGAUUUCGCGUCCGCGCACGACUCCUACACCGCUGCUCUGACACCUCUCCCCGCCACGCAUCCCAUCGCCAUCAUCGUUCUGAGCAAUCGAGCGUUGACCGCACUCAAGACUGGCGAUGCAAAGACUGCUGUUGCAGACGCAGAUCUUGCGCUGAGCGUGAUUGGGAUCAGCAUGGGAGUGGGAGAGACGAUCGACGUCGGUGGCGGAGAAGGCGCAAAGGAUAUGCGUGAGUUCUACGGAAAGGCUCUGAUGCGCAAGGCUGAAGCGCUGGAGCAUCUCGAGCGUUGGGGUGAUGCGGCUUCUACGUGGAGGACGGCUGUUGAGGCAGGCGUUGGGGGUGCUGUGAGCUUGAAAGGAAAGGACCGGUGUGAGAAGGCUAUGGCUCCAAAGCCUGUCGCUGCGCCUAAAGCAAUACCCAAGAGCAAGCCUCCGGUCAAGCCUGCCGCCAAACCCGCAACUCCUUCCGCAGCCUCCGACGCCGCUGUGAAGAAACUCCGUGCCGCCAAUGCCGCCGCUACACGCGAGGAGGACGAGAAGUUCGCAUUGACCGAUGCCGUGGACGCUCGAUUGGUCGCGUGGAAAGGCGGCAAGUCGGACAAUCUCCGCGCGCUAUUGCAGAGUCUGGACUCUGUGCUUUGGGAAGGUGCUGGAUGGAAGAAAGUCGGAAUGAGCGAUCUGGUGAUGCCGAACAAGGUCAAGAUUGUGUAUAUGAAGGCGAUUGCUAAGGUUCAUCCUGAUAAGAUUCCUCAGGACGCCACUGUCGAGCAGCGGAUGGUGAGUGCCAGUGUUUUCAGCACGCUGAAUGAAGCUUGGGAUAAAUUCAAGAAAGACAAUGGUCUGUGA